AACUUUUUCAAAAAUAAUAUUAAUUAUAAAUGUAACAUAGAGCAUGUACAAUACCAACUCUUAGUAGCAGUCGUCAACAAACAUUACGUUUAGUGUGUGACAGUGUGAAGUAUCUAAGGAUCAAAUAUAUAUGUAUAUAUAAGCAUAGCUGUUCAAGCAUGCUUAUUACGGUCAGAAAGAAAUAAAAAUUCCUCGAAAUUUACAAUCUGUCAUAAAUAUUUACCUAUUGUAUUUUACAAAUUAAGUAGAUUUUAUAUUUAAUAGAAAUUAUUUUCAUUCAAAGAUUAUACUUUUAAAUCAUAUUAAAGAGUCAGUGAUAAGAUCUUUAAUACGUUUAUUAAUUUUUUGAUUGUUCUGAAUAUUAUCAUGUCAGUAGCAAUCAAUACAAUAGAUAGUUUGGAUUAUUGUUAUUUUCCUAUUACAAGAUGUAACAUUAAUUUGCGAAUGAAGGCUAACCAUGAUGCCAGAAUUGCUCUUAGAACUCAUUUGGGAGAUGAUUCUAAUGUGUACGAGAUUAUUCUUGGUGGAUGGGGAAAUACCAUGUCCGCAAUAAAGAGAAAUAAUGUAGAACCAGAUAUAGCGGAAGCAGAAACUGUAGACAUAUGUGGAGAUUAUUGUAACAUUUGGAUAAAAUGGUCCUGUGAUGGAUUGUUAAGCGUAGGCAGAGAGGAUGAAGAAUGUGAAACUUUAAUGACAUAUAAGGAUAAAAAUCCAUUUGUUAUCAACUAUAUAGGAUUCAGUACAGCUUGGGGUGCAACAGGAGAAUGGGUUAUAAUUAAUGAAAAUAAAUUUACGGCACUUGCUAUAAGACAACAGCUUGCCGAUACGAGUCAUUUAUGGGUUGAUUAUAACGACACAAUGAGUUUUCCUCAAAAUGCAGCCAUUGCUUCGGAGGAUGGAUUAUAUAUUGGUCGUGCACAUCACAAAGAUUCUGUAACACCUGGUAGUAUAAGGGAUAAUAUCUGUACUUUGCCAUGGGGAGGAGCAGCACACGAAAAGAAAGAAUAUCAAGUGUUAUGCGUUAGAGACAUUGAUUGGGUAAAAUCAUGGGAUGGUAGUGUUCCUUUAUAUGCUCUUCCUGCUGGUGAAACAGAAGAUGGUUAUGCUCUUUUUAUUGGUAGAGUAUUAUAUAAUGGAUUGUAUUAUGUAGGAAAAAUACAACCAAGUAAUCAAGUAUGUUAUAUACCACUUAAUGGACAAGAAGUAACUUAUACAGAAUAUGAGACUUUAGUACUACAUAAUUACAAUUCCAUAGAACAUAUAGAAAGAUAAAUAUUUUUAAAUGCUAAAAAAUAUUCGUAUUUACAUCGAUUGUAUUAUAUAUAUUUUUUGU